AUGCCAAAUGACACUUUUACAGUCAAUACGGAAGAAUAUCGGCCAGCCGAAUGGGAAGAUGAGGAUUUUUGUAUAAAGCAGUUGAAAUAUGGGCAUGUGGAAGAUGACAACACAGACAUUGCCUAUUUAAAUUUUCCCAUUCUCCGAGCCAGCUUAAUUUUCACUAUCAUAUCAGUGACAGCUUUUAUCAUCGCCGUUCUUGCCGCUCUUCCCACAAAUUAUAAACCUUUACAUGAGACAGAACUAAUCGAUAAUUCCAUAAUUAUCAUUUACGGAGCAAAAAUUUGGAGAUGUCGGACAUAUCUGAAAUUCCCAGACGACGGGUUACUGUCAAUAUUGAAUCUGCUGGAAUUGAAUGUUUGGGGAAAUGUGAUUUUUCGUCUUGCCACAUGUCUAACAAUAGCUAUUCGAUUCUUUCAUAGCAUUGUUUUUAGAAAUCUUUUGCUGAAUGGAUUUUGGAAAGAUGUCCCAAAUCCGAUUUUUCGAUGGUUAUGUGAUUUGAUGCCGAUGAUCACAUUGAUUGAGACGAGUGCAUUGGCAAUGUUUAGUGUUAUCACAAUGCAUAGUGAUUUUAAAGACAUCAAUCAUUUCUGCAAAUCUACCUUCGCAAUUGUAUCCGUUGUUAACAUGUGUAUUCCAACAGUGUUUCAUUUCAUUCUCUCCAUAAACAGUUCAAAGAAAUCCGUAGCUAGCCUAAUGUUCACCAGAGCAGUAUGUUCUAUAGUUUUCGGUUACUGUGCUCCACAGUAUUUCCAAUUUCAUAUCGGAUGGACCAAAGAGUCAUUGUGCCAUUCUUACAUCCCGCGCCACUUCGCCAUAAUGGAAUACAGUCUAUUUUUGGCAUAUAUCACAUUUCAUCUCUUGGCUCUAAAAGAUCUUCAAGGACUCCAAUUCAUCUGUUAUCCACGAUCAUGUAGUGGAGAAUGUGAACCAUUGGAUCCACAAAAUUACGAAAAAGGAGAGAAAUAUGAGCAUUGUCGAGCUUAUGAGCACAAUCAAUGGAGGCUGAAGAAUAAUAUGAAGUUUUGA